ACGAUAUGUCGCUAGCUAGAGCGGCUGCCCUCGCUACGAGAGCCAAAUCCUCUCCUUCACUUUCUUCCCAAACCAGGCGAGCCUCUACUGCUGCUCACGAUGAGCACCACGACGCCCAUGCCGUAGAUCAUCAUCACGACGCUACCCAGUACCCCGAAGAAGGUUUUGCCUCCAGAGGGUGGAUAUACACUAUCGUUGGCGCUGCAGGCCUCGUCGCCUUCUACAAAUACGCGCCGGCGAAAGGAGAAGCCAAUCUCGUUACCGACUUUCUCUAUAGCCAACGCACGCCCAAAGAGAUUUGGGAUCGUAUCAACGAUAAACAUCUGGACAUGUCUUUUGCUAGGAUGGGAGCGAUAUUGCUGACGCAGGAUGCGAAGACACCACCCUUGCGGAGGUACCGGUACCCACAGCAGAUGAAUAUUGCUUCCCCCAUGAACGUCCCUGUCGGUUUGGAUGUGGAUGUGUCGCAUGUGAAGCCGAAGACGGACAUGGACUGGUAGAGCAGUAGAGCUAGAGCAUCUUUCGCCCAACCAGUUGAUCAAUAUCCUCCGUUGAAUCCUUGAGACUUGGGGAGUGUACUUGCCUGUUUGUCAAUACACUCGGCUAUGUAUUCCUAGGAUCAUAUUGGCGCAGAAACCUCAACAUAAAUUUCUUCCUGCAUGACGCCUUACCGUCUUCGGGUGCUUAUCGAAAUAUCAUUCGC